AUGUCGCAACAAUAUUUUUCAAAAAGUGUGAAACAAACCCGAUCAAGAAAACGAAGAGAGCGAAAUGUUUCAUUUUACGAGUUGAAACGUAAAGCGGCAAAUGAACGAGAGCGAAAGCGAAUGUAUAGCAUCAAUGAAGCUUUUGACAAAUUGCGCCAUCUUUUGCCAUGGUUAUCACAUGAUCGGAAAAUGAGUAAAGCGACAACAUUACGAGAAGCUAUUCGGUACAUCAAACAGCUAAGCCAAUUAGUAAAUGGUGAGCCGCCAAGCCCAGAGAACACAUCAUCAUAUGCAGUUGCAUUAAAAUCAGAAACUGACCGAUCAUCGCUAAUUAUAUCAAAUUCGGAUGGUCGUCUACCAAUAAAAUUUGUUGAAUUGUCGUGCAGUAAGACACCAGAUGAUUAUAAUAGUAUAAUUAGGACGGGACAUGGUACAGUACAGGGAAGAUGUAGCAAAGUAUGGAUACCAAAGACGUGUGAAGAGAUGAUCAAUUAUGAGAAUUACGAUCGUCUCUAUCUAUUACCAUUUAAUAAAGAAUGA